GAUUCUUUGUAUCAUCUCCUGUAAUAUCCUCCAAUACCCAUGGGCAUUAUUGGAAAUUCAUCCAUAUUCGCUUAGAAUCUCAUUCUUUAUAUAAAGUCACACACACUCUUCCCAUUUUCUCUCACUGUUUUACAAAUCUCUCAACCACAUCUUUGUUUUCAUUUCAAGCUCCAAUGAUAAAAGGCUGAAAUCUUCCCUUUGACCAUUUUCUUACCGUACUAAAAAAAUCCUGGGUCCGUCACUGGUUUAAUCUGAUCGAUCACGGUCAACCAAAAAGUUACAUAACAUUGGAUGAAUGCAAGCUGAAAAGAUCUUUUCAGAUUAAACGAGUUUGAUAAUGUAUUGCGAAGGUGGAUUAUCGGAUGUAAUGGCAACGGAUAUGAACUCUAUGAUGUAUUCGUCGUCUACGUUUAAACAUCCUUCCAAUGGCGAGUUUCCAAAGAUGAAGGAGUUGAAGACUUCAGAUUCUUAUUCCAACUACAAUCACCAAGAGCAUAAUAAUAACAAUCAUGGUCCGAAUCAAAAUCACAUUCAGAAUGAUCAACGAUCUGUCGUUUGUGGGCAAACUGAAAGCUCGUUGACUCGUUAUCGCUCCGCUCCAAGCUCGUUCUACGCACAUCUCCUUGAAGAAGCCGGAUUUGAUGAUUUACUUUCUCCAAACACAUCCUCAAACCAUGAGUCAUUCUUCUCCCAACAUCAACAACAGCAACAACAACAACAACAAUUUCAGAAACAACAACAGCAUCAACAACAGCAGCAGCAACAGCAUAUGUUGCCGGUGUCUAGUGGCAUGUACGGUGGUGGUUCGCCGCAAGUGACUCAUAUGCAACCGAGUAACACUGAGAGUAUCAACAAUCAUCCAAGUCAUAAUAAUCUGGCAAGUUCAUCAACAUUUAGAUCCAUGAAUCCAUCAAACUCAAAUCUCAUCAGACAAAGUAGCUCUCCAGCUGGAUUUUUGUCAACCUUGAAUUCCGAAUUAAGUGCAGGUUUUGCAGGCAUGGGAGAUGUGGAGAAAACCAUUUCCACAAGUAGGUUAAAUAAUCACAUCAGUUUCUCACCGGGACAAUCUUCUUCAUCAAUGUUCUUGCCUCAAAUUCCCGAAAACAAGAAUCAAAUAAGCGAUUCAACAUUUAAGAGCUUGAAAAGGGCUAGAGAUGGCGAUUCAAUAAAGCUGGAGAGACAGAAUGGAUUAUCGGGACAUUAUACUCCUAGUUUGGUCCACCAUUUGAGCUUGCCAAAAACUUCUUCUGAAAUGGAAUUUGCUGAGAAGAUCUUGCGAUUUGAUCGAGACUUGGUUCCUACCAAGAGUCGUGCAGCACGAGGAUGCGCCACACACCCGCGAAGCAUAGCUGAGAGGGUGAGAAGAACUCGAAUAAGUGAUAGAAUGAAGAAGCUUCAAGAGCUCUUCCCUAACAUGGACAAGCAAACAAGCACAGCAGACAUGUUAGAUAUGGCUGUUCAGUACAUUAAAGAUCUCCAGAAAGAUUUGGAGACUCUCAGAGAUGCGCGGUCAAAGUGCGAGUGUUCAAGGAAACAAUAACAUAUGUUGGAUCAUAUAACUUGCUUUCUGAUACGUCUUAAAAUGGAAAAAAAAAAAAGACGAGUGUAGUUUAGGUUUAUUCGAUCGAACAUUCUACUUCGAGCUGUAUUGCCGUGGGCGACUCUCAUCAUCAAAGUAUGGAUCAUUGUGAUUAUCAUUUGUAAACUCAUGAAGUUAGGUUUAAAUAUUUGUUACCGGUGAACAUUUUUUGGUGUUUUCUGUUCGUGUGUGAUAACUCAUUUUAAGUAAUCUUAAAGUUAUGAAACUUGUGA